AUUCCAUAACUACAGAAAAAACACUAGGAAAAUUAAACUUUCCAUUUGUUAAAAACGUGCCGGGCGACUUUGAUGCGCUUUCAAUAGUGAAAAGUGGAAAAUAUCUGUUAAGUAUUCGCCAUUUUGUGUUGAGUUUGCGCCGUGCGUUGCCAACGCUCCAAACGAACCUCGUCCGAUCAACCUUUUUCAUCGCGUCAUUUCUGAAGCUUGGCAGCAUUUGUUAGCAGCCCUGUUUUCGGCGAAAAUAAAUGUUUCCCUAAACAUUUCGACCAGUUUAAAAGUAUGUCCGCCGUGACUACACAAUGCAUGAUAUGUCGUGGAAACUGUAUAUCCAGCAGGAAUUCCAUCCACAUAUUCAGCAAAGAUGUGGCCACCCACUCUGGCCGUCCUUUGGCCACAAUAGUGUCCCAGUUGGUUGAGAGGGAAAUCAAGGAGGACCCCUCACAGACUCAACUGCUGUGUAAAAAGUGCUUCAAGUUGUGCAACGAGGUGGACGAACUGCAGAGCAGGGUCACGGAAAUCAAGACGGAGGUGCUUAACAAUUUUAAGUCGGACAAGGAGGAUGAAGAGUUUGAUGAGGACAAGACCAAGAUUGAGCCAAUCAGUGAGGCUGAGGUGCCCAAGAAGAUUUUGGAUAUACCAUCAUCGGAUGAGGACACUACUAAUGUAAAGAAGCAUUAUCUAGCUGAUGACCACGCUUAUGAAUAUCAGGUCAAUACUGAGAAAUCGUUCCACACAAUAGAAGACAUAGAAAUGGAGCUGGUGAAGAUCCAUGGUGAGGCAGAGGAGGAAAGUAAGGAAGGAGUGCAGGUGGCCAGCGAGAGCUACUCCCGCACAUUUUCAAGCAGUGCCACAAGCGACAUGAUGGAGUCGAACACGGGGGAGCACUCAUCUGAGUCGGACUUUGAACAAGGCGAAAACGGCGAAGACAUCCUGGUACAGGCUGCCGCCGUGGCUGAGAGGAACAUCAUGGUAGAAUAUGUGUCCGUAGAUGGUGUGCGAGUGAAACUGGAGCCGGUUAUCGAGGAGGUGAGCGCCCCCUCCUCGUCCUCGUCCCACCAGUCGUCCGAGAAGCCGAACAUACUGAAGAAAAAGACCAGCUCGACCAUGAACGGGUUGGAGGAGAAGCAGCGCGAGGACACGCUGGGACCCAAUGUGUCGCUAGUCGAACGCGACGGCUCAAUUUACACGUGCCUGUUGUGCCAGGGCGACGAGGUGAUCGCCGGCGAGGCCAAGGCGAUCGCCGCCCACAUUAAGGCGGCGCACGGUCAGCGGGUUUACAUUUGCGACGUGUGCGGCGCAGAUUUUCGCAAACGGAACGAAUUGUCCGCCCAUCUGGAUGAGCACGUCGCCGCCGAGGACGGCGACUUCCAGUGCGAGGUGUGCAAUCGCAUCUUCAACAAUCUUAGAUUGUUCAGGAUCCACAGAAGGAUGCACUACCCCCACAACAAGGCGUGGACGUGCGAGACGUGCGGCAAGAAGUACAGCAGCAAGAACCUGCUGGACGAGCACGUGAACACGCACCUGGGCCUGCGCCCGUACGUCUGCAACCUGUGCGGCAAGAACUUCGCCAGCAAGUACACGUUCAAGGCGCACGAGAAGACGCACGAGGUGCGACCGCGGCCGUUCAGCUGCGGCCAGUGUCCGAAGACGUUCCUCAGCCACCAGAACCUGGCGCAGCACGAGCGCACGCACAGCGGCCUCAAGGAGUUCGCGUGCCACCUGUGCGGCAAGCAGUUCGGCUCGAUGCACAAUCUGGAGGUGCACUCGAUCGUCCACACGGGCGUCAAGCCGUUCGUGUGCGGCGAGUGCGGCAAGAAGUUCGCACGCAAGGCGGAGAUCAGGGACCACGAGCGCACGCACACGGGCGAGAGGCCGUUCCAGUGCGAGAUGUGCGGCGCGACGUUCAGUCAGCGGUCCAACUUGCAGUCGCACAAGCGGGCCACGCAUUACGAUGACAAACGGUACAUCUGCAAGGAAUGCGGGAAAGGUUUUAAGAGACGUCGACUGCUCGACUACCACGUGAAGGCCGCCCACACCGGCGAGCGUCCGUUCAAGUGCGACGUGUGCGAGGCGACGUUCGUGUAUCCGGAGCACUUCAAGAAGCACCGUCGCAUCCACACCGGCGAGAAGCCGUUCCUGUGCGAGGUGUGCGGCAAGGCGUUCAACAGCCGCGACAACCGCAACGCCCACCGUUUCGUGCAUUCGGACAAGAAGCCGUACGAGUGUUUGGUUUGCGGUGCCGGAUUCAUGCGUAAACCGCUCCUCUACCAGCACAUGCAGUCGCAGGGACACUUGAACGACACCAUCGUGGUGAACCAGCCGAGAUUGACGACGGACGACGACCAACUGGUGACCGUCAACUCCGCCGGUGAGAUGGAGAUCGUCGACGCGUCGGGUUCCUCCAUACCGGCGGAAUCGAAGCUGUACAUAGCUGACGGUACCGAACACAUUCUGAUUGACGGGCAACAAAUCAAUUUUACCACCGCAGCAUCUGACGAGGAGGAGAACAACGAUGACGGUGAAAUUGUUGACGAAAUUGAACAGGUGGUGAUUGGUGAGGGCGACUACGAGGAAAUAAUCAACGGACACGCCCUUGCUAGUGGAGAGACUCAGAUCAUUGAGACUCCAGACGGGCCAGUCCAGCUGGUUAAAGUCAGGAUACCGAAUGAAAACGGUGAAGAAGAGGAAACCUGGAUAAAAAUUGUUCCAGAAUAAGUCUAGUUUAUAGAGUUAAUUAAUUAAUUAACUGAUGUAUUUAUACUGAUGUAUGAGUUUAGUUAUAAUUAUUGUAUUAUAAGGACUUUAACACCUAGUUAUUAUAGUGGCAACCCCUUCUGAUAAAUUAUGUAAUAGUAAUCAUUAAUUAAUUUGCGGCGAUAUUUCUAAUUGUGUAAGCCAGUUUGUAAAAAUACGUAUAUGAAAUCAUUAAAUUGUAAAUGCCAAGAAACCAAAAUAAAGUUGAAAUCUUUGUUUAUGACAUA